AUGCCCAACAACAAACGAUCGAUAAAUAGUCCCGCAGUUCUAGCACGCAAGAAGCGGGAAACACGAGCCGCGGAAACAGACGAGCAAAGAGAAGCCAGGUUGAGGACCAACCGAGAACGUCAGUCCCUGGCCCGCUUAUCCGAGCCAGACGAGCAAAGAGAAGCCAGGUUGAGUACCGACCGAGAACGGCGGUCCCGGGCCCGCUCAUCCGAGACUGACGAGCAAAGAGAAGCCAGGUUGAGGACAAACCGAGAAAGUCAGUCCCUGGCCCGCUCAUCCGAGACAGACGAGCAAAGAGAAGCCAGGUUGAGGACAAACCGAGAAUGUCAGUCUAGGGCGCGCUCAUCCGGGACAGACGAGCAAAGAGAAGCCAGGUUGAGGACAAACCGAGAAUGUCAGUCACGGGUCCGCUCAUCUGAGACAGACGAGCACCGAGAAGCAAGAUUGGGGACCAUGCGAGUAAUGGGUGCUCGAUCCAGACGAACCACCGAAUUGAACCUUUGUGCACUACACUAUGAUGCCGAUAUUAAUUACAGCACCCACCCAAGCGUGGCCAUCGGAAUAAUGGAUGUACUCUGCAAUUAUUGUGGAGCAUUUAAGUUUAAGAAUGAAGCCCCUGGAAUGUGCUGUGCUCGUGGUAAGGUUAAACUGCCAGCCCUACAUGCACCACCCGAACCAUUAUCAACGUUGGUGGCAGGCGAUACGAGCAUAUCGAAACAUUUUUUAACAAAUAUCCGUCGAUACAUCGUGUUUCCAAAUGACUUCAUUUGGGGCAACGAACGUCGUGAGGGAUAA